AUGGGCCGCUUCAAGCCCCUCGCGGUGAAGAAGAAGUACGCGAAGAAGAUGAACCAGAACAAGCCAGUGCCCUACUGGAUUCGCCUUCGCACGGGCAAUCGCAUUAAGUGGAACGAGAAGCGCCGCCACUGGCGCCGCACAAAGCUGAACUACUAA